AAAUGAUUAGUCUUCAGUUUCGCCCAUCCGUCCGUCGCGUCUUCUCGUCUCAGUUCCCGUGAAAUGUGCAAAGUGUAAUUAAUCAUAAGUAAAAAUGAAAUUUAUCAACAUUUUCCUCGUCUCGCUGGUGCUCGCCCAUUCCAGGAGCGGCUCAGGAAUGGCCAUUAUAAAAGAUCUGGUUUCGGAGCCGGAAAGCGAUCUGGAUUGCAGCAGUGGCGAAAGUACCCAAACCCCGGAAGCAGCCAAUGUCCGCAGUAAGAACCCCGAAACCGAUCCGCUAAAUGAUGCGGCCAGGCCGCAACUCCCGGAGGGCCCCAGCCCACCCCCGGCGACCGACCCAAUUAUCUCCAAAAAGCGAAGAUGUGCAAGAAGUGAGAUCGUCGGGAGCGCCGGCCCUGUCCUGUCCCUCGCUCGUCGAGACGUCAGCGAAAGACGCAUCCAACAAUGCGAGGCUUGCAAAAACAAACCACUUUGUAAAAAAUUCAAAAUAUGCAACACGUGUAAAGUGUUCUGCGGCGAUACGACCACUACAACAAUCGCCCCGGGCCAAGAUAUCGACAACAAUGUGCCAACAAAUGGCGAAACUCCGGUAGUUGCAGCUACUGAAACUGUGACCCCGCCUGUGGAAAACAUCGUGGUGGGUUCGAGGUUUAGGGGAGCGGAAGAAGCCUCACAACCACGUUACUACUCCUUGGCGGCGGUAGAACCGGGGCUUUUGAUGCGUCUCCUUUCACGAAUUUUCAAUAUUCCCGAAAAUUUCGAUAGAUUUGUGAUUUUGGGCAAGAAGAGAGCGACCAAUGGAGAAGAUGAUGAUAAGGAUAUUACGAUAAUAGACUUGGCGCAAGCUUUUGGCAACGAUAAAAAAAUUACAGCAAGUAUUGAAAGAUCAGGGGAUGUCAGAAUGGACUUGGUUGAGAAACUGGACAGAAGGAUGGGAGAAAUGACGGGAGACAAUGCAAACAGAAAUCAAAUCAUUGAACAAGUUUUAAAUGAGGGAAAUGACAAUGUUGGUAACACACAAGAGGUACCAGAGUCCAGCACUAGAUGUAAUCUUGACGAAGCCGUUGACGACUUAAUUGAUAUAAUGCCAACAUCUUAUUCCCAGCGCAAUAAACCGGAAGAACACCCGCAAGUGAAGCCACAACCAAAUGAAUCCCAGGAAUCGUCAGAAGAAGAAAUAAAAAAUCCUCCAGUGAUUCAAGACAAUUUCAAUUUAGUGGGCAAAGAAAAUCUCGACGAUAAUGCUAAUGAUGAAGGCAAAAUUAGUGAAAAUGCGGGCAAGAGAAGUUGGGACGAAGGAUACGUCGACGAUAAUGAAGAGGCAAGGCCUAGCAUGGCCUCAAGGGUAAAAGUACCGAAAAAUAAACCAAUUGUGCAAAGAGUGACAACAAUUCCGAAAGUAAUUGAGCCGGAAAUGAAUUCAGUUAGAGAAGCGGAAACUAUGAGCGUUCCAGACGUCGCAAGACCACCCCCAACAUCAGAAAAUCAAGUUGCAGCAUCUGCUCCCGAAAAUUUGGAGGACAAUGUCUUAGAAACAGUCCAGGACAGUCUAAAAACAGUACCAGUGGACCCAAAUCACUCUGUAACUCGACCACAAGUUAACCCUGUCCUCGAAACAAUCAAGAACAGUCUAAACGAAGUACCGAUGGCCCAGAACAUUGUCGAUACGGUUGACCAAGGCUUGAGAGCCCAACCCAUGGAAGUUGCAGCACAAGCGCCUGAAAAUUUGGAAACAAACGUCCUGGAGACCGUCAAAGACAGCCUGAAACAAGUACCAACAAUCGCUCCACCUGAAAACUUCGGGCCAGUCCAAGAGGAAGAGCCCCAGCCAGUUUUCGUCGAAGACCGGAUCAAACCCAGCCAAGCCAACUCCGACAAUACCGUCAAAGUUUACAAAGCCCCACAAAGAGAGACAGUCGGCGAAGCUUUAACCGAGGCACCGUCUACAAUUUUCACCGAACCCGGUGUCUUGACAGCGGUUACAAACCCCCCGAAUGUGCUUCAAAUGGCCAACCGUGGCCAGUUUUCCGAAUCGGGGGAACAAUCGACAUAUUUUGGAGCCCUAGUCCCGGCGAAAGAGGGCUUGCCGAUUGCCGAUCCCCGUGUCAGAAAAUUAUACUAUGUUGGACAAGACAUUAACCUGCCUUUGAAAAUGUUCCAAGAUGAGAAUGGUGUCAUGAAAUUGCGAGUGGACACCGACGCGCUUUGCAAUUGUAAAAAUAAAAAUUGCUCACGGCCACAUCUUGACGAUAGAAGUGACGCUCAAGUUGCACUGCCGGAAUUGAAGGUGAGGUAUGGAGAUGACGAGUUGAUGGACAGUUUUGUUGAUUCGAUCCAUACGGGAGGGGAGAACUCGGAGAAGUUUAAAAGGUCGCCCAGGAUUGAUGCAGCGGUGGAGGUUCAGGAGGAAGGAAAAGGGAAAAAUUACCAAAUAGACGGCCUGGAUAAAGUGGACAAGUUGGAGAACAAAAUACAGAAGUUGGCGAAGAAUUUUGAGAAGGUUAACACGGAGAAUGAGGACUUGUUGAAUAAAGGGACCGUGGCGCUUUAUAAACAAAUUGAGAAGACUAAAGAUGUCGAUAAGAUGAUAACGUUGGCCAGUGAUUUGCUUUCGUGGAUGAAGGACUUAGCGACUGAACAUUUAAAAUCAUAAUCUGGACUUGUAGUUUUGUAAUUAGGUAGUUAUUUAUAUCGUUUUGUACUUUUUUAUGAGAGUUGUGACGGAAUUAAAUAAAUUUUUAAAAUAA